UCUGCAGUCCAUCUCCAUUAGUUGACAACUUAUAAUUUGUAAAUAAGGCGAUCAAGAUGGUUCUUCAUGUAUCGCUGAUUUUAAUGUCUUAUUUGACUAUUGCACUAUGUACUGAACAUGAGGAUUUUAAAACGAAUAUAACAUCUCCUAAAGAUAUGUACGUCGUGCGUGCCACAGUGUACCAAGUUGGAAUACUUACAAACCAGACUAAUGAAACUUCUGGAUCUAAUACUGGCCAUCAAGAGGCGAUCACGUUUUACCAUAAAAAUGGAUCUAAUAUAGAUUUGAGUGCGAUUCCCGAUCCCUUGCUAACAAAUGUAACAGCGGAAAAAAUUGUUGGCGUUGCACCUGUUACCAAUAAUACUAUACCCUGGGCAGCCCUCAAGCAGUUGGUUUCAUCUUCGAAUGUUCAAGGAAAAUCUAACACUCCGAUUAAUGUACAUACAAAUGUUGAAAAAUCGAAGCGGGACGUAUCCGAAAGGCCAGUUGAAAUUAUAAAGGGAGCAGCGCUCAUCCCCUCCGAAGCAGGUGUGCAAUCUAUUGCAUUGCCUCCCCUUUUAACCCUCAAUAAGAACCUAUCUAAAAUACCGGUUCCAAUACCGAAUAUGUCGGUAGUAAGUUACGCUAAAGUGAAUACUGUAUUUAAUUCUACAUAAUCCAAUAAUACCAAAUAUUAAGAAUAAGUACCAAAAUUCAAUAAAAAUAGUAUAAUAAUUAUUAUGUAUAUUGUUAGCUGCUUAUUACACGCAUAAAUGUGAUAUAUA